UGGCAACACGUCUUAUACGGUAAAAAAUAUGGCGGCUUUUACGAGUGGAGGAGAAGACGUGCUGGGACAGUUAUGGACGUUAUAAAGCAUUUCGAAGCGUAAAAAUAGAAAAUGUGGUAUCUUAAAAGCUUAAAGAACAAAAAUAUAAUCCAUUACCUGUUGGUGGAUGAAGUGUAUACCGUGGGGAGGAAAGAUGCUCGCAUAAAGAUCGAAGACGAUCCUUCCAUUAGCAGAACACAUGCAGUUAUCGUUUUACAUCACCCUGAAGCCAAUGUGAACAACAUCAAUAAGCUGCCGAUCGUAACAAUCAGAGACGUCGAUUCAAAAUAUGGCACUUAUCUGAACGAGGAUGCACGACUCGAUACCAAAGAAACCACACUGAAGAUCAGCGACAGGAUCACGUUCGGACAGUGUGGGAAUACUUACGAAGUGUGCCGUAAUCCAAUGACGAUCAGCACAUCCUGCAUCAGUUCCGAAGAGAAGAAAUCGUUAAAGCAGUCGAUCCAGAAAUUGGGGGGUCACUUGGUUUCCGAAUGGCAGACCGACUGCACUCAUCUGGUGAUGAAGGAAAUCAAAGUCACCAUAAAAGCCGUUUGUGCAAUGGUUAGCUUGAAGCCAUUUGUAACUGCGGAAUAUUUUGAAGAUCUAUUGCAAGCCAUUCGAGAAAAAAAGGAUCAUCCGAAUAUCAAAAGCUACGUUCCAAAAUUGGGCGAACCAAUUCUCGUCAAUGAAAAAAUUUCCUUCGAUCCCAAUCCACACAGAGCAAAGCUGUUCGAGAAUAAAACAUUCAUUUGCACGUCGCAGAAACAGUAUAAGAAGAUUUGUCUCGGAAUAACCUUGGCGUCGGGAAGGGUCAAGCUACUGGAUAGUAAAGACGAAGUAAAGGCAAGCCUCCUCCUGCAUCCCAACACCAUUGUCAUGAAGCACCAGUCGGAUUCCUCCACAGUCCCGUCUCCCACACUGCCACGGCAUGUAGAAAUAAUAGAACAGGAACUAAAAAGGCAGAAGAAACGAACCAUUCCCGAAUCCGACAUCGGCCUGGCCGUCGUCUACUGUUCCACGGAGAAGUACUGCAAUCCGUCGUACAACUUGGGAAGUAAUUUGUUUAGCUUGGCCAACCUUCAUUCCCAGACGCUUACUCAGGGAGAUGUUUACGUGCAAGCGACCCAAUCUACUCAAAGCUCUAGCGGAGUCAAAACCAGGUCUGGAUCGUUUGUCGAAGAAAGCCUGGAGAGGACCCAGCUGAGUUCCAUACAAAAAUCUCCGCGCAGAACACCUGUUUCGAGAAAAAGAAUCCUAGAGACAGAAAUUAAACAGGAUCCGUCGCCCAAGCAUAUGAAACUGCAGGAAGCGGACAAACCCAAUCUAACUGAGACGAUUGCCUCUGUAUCGACGGUUCCGAUCUCUUCGGAAACCGAACAAACCACAGACGUAAAAGCAGAAGAUUCUCCCAUUCAUUCUCCUGUUAAUUCACCUCCUCAUUUAUAUACAGAUUACAAUGAGGACAAGUCCAUGGAAAAUACUCAAGUGUGGGCGGACGUUACAGAAGAGGACGUCAUGGAUGGUUUUAUUUCAAAACCCAAUAAAAACGUCACCACUACAAUGCCGAAAAGUUCGAACUCGCACGAGGAACUGCCUUCUCGGUUAGUGAAUGUGGAGUACGCCGCACUAUGUCCUUUGAGAAAUGAUCGUCGAACCAACAUUAAUGUCAGAGAUGAGACAGAACCGAAUGGGACAGUACGAAAUUUCAAGAAGUUUCGAAAGAUAUAUUCGGCAGUCAGUGCGUUGCCCCGUAUCAUAGGAGGAAGAGAUCUGGUGGCGUAUGAUAAAAAUUCUUCCAGGGCAUUAGACGAAUGGUUGAGCCAAAAUCCGGAGACUGAACCGGAGAAAGAGGAAGAUGGUCUUUUCGAUUGGGAACAACGCCCAAGAGCCAGAAGACGAUGAUUCCUGUAAAUACUUAAUAAAAGAAGAUUUAAAUGGUAAAAUAUUUGUACGUGAGGCAGUUAGUAGUAAAUUCGCCCACUAGAUGUCAGCAGUGGCGAAUGGUGGGUGCUGAUUUCGUUUCUUGUUUUUGCGCGUGGCCUUACUUGUAUGGUAUCUUAUUGUUGCAUAAGAUGAGUAUUUUAAAAUAAAUAAUAUUUUUAAGCAUUAAACUGAACCAUUACUUGCUUAAGGGCCCACGUUCUGUGCAUUAGAAACACUUGUGCACAACUCGACCCCCUAACAAUUCGCCCUACACACGUACGAAACGGAUAGACGUAUCGUUAGCAGUUAUCGAUUUUGCAGUGUGUUUGUGUGUGAGGAUCGUAAAUCGGGUGGGCAUUGUAUUCGGGUGAAGUGACCCUAUCGAGUUUUAACCAAGACUAAUAUCAAAUUUGGCAAAGUUUAGACUCGAGUGCCGUGGCAGAAUUAACUAAACACUAGGUAACCCGCUGGCGGAGGUACACAAGAAAAAAAAAGGUGGAGCUGCUUGUAAUAAUUCCCAUAUUUGCACCGCUC